AUGUACGCUUCUCGUCGUUGCUUUAACGCUCUCAACUUCUCCGCAAAGGUCUACGGACAUGGUAUUCAGAAGACGGCGGAGAGGGUAGCUCUUCAGAAGUGUUUUUUUGCCCACACCACCCACCUGUUCGAUGAAUUGCCUCACAGAAGCCUGUCCUCCCUCAAUUCUCAACUCGCAGUUCACGCUCGCGGAGGUAACUUUCAAGCUGUGUGGGAUUUGUUCCGACGAAUGCAUUGCACCUCGAUUCGGCUCGAUGCCUACACUUUCACCCCUGUCCUCAAUGCUUGUUCUGCUCUGCCAUGCCACGAACGCGGGAAACAAGUGCAUUCGCUGAUGGUCAAAGCGGGUGCGGAUUCAGGGACCAUCAGCAAGACGACCCUUAUGGAUAUGUACUCCAAGUAUGGAUAUUUGGUGGAUUCAGUGGCCGUAUUUGAAGAGAUGGAGUUUCCUGAUGUUGUGAGUUGGAAUGCUUUGAUAUCGAGCUAUUUGAGGAAGGAUCUUGUCAAGGAAGCACUUGGUGCCUUUGGUGGAAUGAGGGAUCAAAGGGUGGAGUUUAGUGAGUUUACUUUAUGUUCCGUGCUUCAAGCAUGCAAAUUGUUGAAGGCUUCUCGACUGGGUAAGCAAGUUCAUGGCUUGGUGAUUGCGAUGGGACGUGACCUGGUGGUCUUGUGCACUGCUCUGAUUGAUUUUUACUCAGCAAUUGGAGAUAUUGCCGAAGCUAUGGUGAUUUUUACUGGGUUGAGUUGGAGAAAGGAUGAUGUGAUGUGUAAUUCUCUGGUUUCUGGUUGUGUGAAGAACAAGAGAUACAAAGAAGCAUUUGCUAUAAUGAAUGUGAUGAGACCAAAUGCAGUUCGCCUCACCAGCGUUCUCACUGCUUGCUCAGAGAUUUCUGAUCUACGGACUGGGAUGCAGAUUCACUGUGUAGCUACACGUUUUGGGUUUGUUUCAGAGACUCAAUUGUGCAAUGCAUUGUUAGACAUGUAUGCUAAAUGCGGUAAGGUUUCUGAUUGUAGAUCAGUAUUUGAUAAAAUAUGGAACAAAGAUGUUGUUUCGUGGACUAGCAUGAUAGAUGCAUAUGGAAAGCACGGGUAUGGAUAUGAAGCUCUUGAGCUGUUCGAGAACAUGGGGAAGGAAGGAAAUGCCGUGUUGCCAAAUUCUGUUACGUUUCUUGCUGUUCUAUCGGCUUGUGGUCAUUCAGGCUUGGUGGAAGAAGGCCUCCAGAUAUUCAAGCUUGCCAAGGGGAAAUACGGUUUGCAGCCUGACAUAGAGCACUACUGUUGUUUCAUAGAUGUACUGGGCAGGGCUGGCCAGAUAGAAGAUGCUUGGUCCUUGUAUUAUGAGAUGGUUGGCUACGGGAUUCAGCCUACAAGUGGCAUAUGGGCUUCACUACUCAACGUUUGUAUUCUAAACCAAGAUGCUUCAAGAGGGGAGUUAGCUGCCAAGAAUCUCUUGGUGCUGGAAGGCAACAAUCCUGCAAUCUGCGUGCUGCUGUCAAAUUUCUAUGCAUCCAUUAAAAGAUGGGAGACUGUUGGCAGCCUGAGAAGCAACAUGGCGGAUGAAGGGUUGUCCAAAGAAGCUGGAAGCAGCCGGGUCAGCAACCACUUAUUUACAAGUUAG